GCUUCAUUCAUAAUUUGCUUCACCACAACGAGUCGAGUCGAGUCGAGUAGAGUAGAGUUGAAGACAACACGGUACCAUGGCCACAAACAAUCGCAAGGGAAAACAUGAGUCUGAGCCACCCUGCAAGAAGAUUCGCAGCAGUGAUCCAGAUGUCAAAAUCAUUGUAAAGUAUGAAGAUGACAAGGGCAAACCAGCAAGAAAGGAAUACCAAAUGUAUGGGCAACGCAUCUCCCAUCUAAGUAAGUUCUUUGACACUACCUUGUGUGUGGAAAUGAAGGAAAAAGCAACAAGAAAAAUUGUCCUUCAAGAUUUGCAUCCAGACCUGUUUGAGAAGGCCAUCAAAUUCCAAGAGGACUUGAGUGCGAUUCGGUCAAUGACAAUUGAAGAUGCUGUGGAACUAGUUGAGUUCUAUGACAUGUAUGACUUUAAGGGAGGGAUUCAGCUGUGUGAUGAUAUUAUUGCUGAAUACUUGCAAGAAGAGAUUGACGAUGAAGAAGCAUCGGAAACACCAAUCGCCCCUGACGACCUUGAUGUGUUGGUUGAUGCUGCAGCGCUUGCCUAUCAACACAAUCUGGCAAAAUCAAAGAAGAAGGCAGUUGACUAUCUAACUAUGAAGAUGGAUGAAGAAGAGAGUGUCCAUGGUCAGAUGAUGUUUCAAUACAGUCACAUUCAGAAGCUUCAUCCAAUGUUCAAGGAUGGCUUGUUUUCUAUGACGGAUCACAUGACUGAUGAGGAGGUGGCAUCACCCUUGUUCCCCAGAUAUUUCACGGCAAUUGUAUCAGACAACCACGGGCGAUGCAUUUGUGACACCGUCGUAUUGUCUGAAACUGAUUCAAUAGCGGACGGGGAAUACAAGAGAUGCGGUGUUCAGUACAAAAAAUCGGGCUUGGGUGUAUGGAAUGGUCAACGAAGAAGCUUCCUGAUAGAUCGUGAUGAAGUUUCCUGGGAGAUUCUAGCGGUCGAUCCAGCAGAUGAAGAAGAUUAUAUUGUGUUGUGGAGAUGUGUGUACUCGGGCAAUCUGGAGGUUCCUCCUCAAGGCCCGUGGGAAGCCGUCGACACCUCGAUAGAAGACUUCUUCUGGCCGCCAAAGGUCAGCUACAAGGGAGGUGGGGAGUAACUUGCCAAACUGCCGCUGAAAGAGACCGCCAACCGCAGCUCAAGUCAAUACCGGUACCGUAUACCCACACCCACAGAAAACACUCUUUAGUAGGGAUUAUAUCAAAGCAAUAGACUCUCACUGAUUUUCCAGGACUUUAUCCGCUUCUCUAACUCGGAAAAGCGAGGGCAUGCCAACCGUGGAACACACUUCUAGCUAGUGGCCGUG